AUGUGGGUGACGGUGGGCUUCGUGUGCUGCCUCGCAUUUGGGGGGCUGCCAUUAACUCUCAGUUCUUGCCCUUCCCAAUGCAGUUGCACUUUCCAGGGCAUCAGCGAUGGAACCAAAGCAAGAGCUGUUCUGUGCGAUGAUCCCGAGAUGACCCUCAGCCCUGUGAACUUCCCAGUGGAUACGUUUAAACUCCGCAUGGAAAAGACAGCCAUUCGAAGGGUGCCCGGGGAGUCAUUCCACUCUCUCCACAACUUGGAAUUCCUCUGGAUGCCCUAUAACUCUCUGGCCAGCCUCAGUGUGACUAACUUCAGGGGCCUCUGGAGGCUGCGGGAGCUGAGAGUGGAGGGGAAUGACCUGACCUCGUUCCCUUGGGAAGCCCUUCUGCGCAUGCCUCUGUUGCGGCUGAUGGAUCUCCACAAUAAUGAACUGGCCUCCAUACCCGCCGAAGCCGCUCAGUAUGUCAAAAACCUCACGUAUCUUGAUCUUUCAAGCAAUAAGCUGGUGACGCUUCCUCAAGCGCUUAUUGCCGUCUGGUCUAACCUCCAGGCAGUUCCAUACUUCCCCAACGACAAUGCCAAGAUCAUCUUAGGUUUGCAGGACAAUCCUUGGAUGUGUGACUGCAGUCUGUAUGAAAUGGUUCACUUCCUCAAUUUCCAGUCCCCCAAUACGGCAUUCAUUGAGCCACGGCUGAAGUGCUUCAGCCCACGGAGUCUGGCAGGUGUCUUCUUCAGUCAAGUCGAACUACGGAAGUGUCAAAGCCCCAUCGUGCACACCUCGGUGGCCAAGGUGAAGACCAUCCUGGGAAGCACCGUCUUACUUCGGUGUGGUACCACCGGGGUGCCUGUUCCAGAGCUAAGCUGGAGGAGAGCUGAUGGGAAUCCACUCAAUGGAACUGUUCACCAAGAGAUUUCCAGUGAUGGAAUGAGCUGGUCAAUUUUAGGUUUGCCCACCGUCUCUUACCUUGAUUCUGGGGAAUAUAUAUGCAAAGCAAAAAAUGUCCUUGGAGCGACAGAAGCGUUCAUUUCCCUGAUCAUCACUGAUUCUGAAAGCACAGAUGACCCCAGUGCAAAUCCGAAAGGAACCGGGCAAGGCAAAAGGAGUGGGAUGGAGGCAGCUGCUUACAACGACAAUUUGGUAGCUAGAUACGUUAUCACGACUUCAACUUCACCUUCCUUGGGUGCCCGAUCAAUCCGUGCCAACACAGAAGGGAACCUGGCACUUCAAGACCAGGCACUGAAUAUGAUCCAUGAUCCAAGAAAUUUCUUAGCAAGCCCACCCACGGGCCAGGAGGAGUCCGAACGCAUCGUACGGUCCGUCAGAGUAAUAGGAGACACGGACCACAGUGUCUCGUUGGCGUGGAAGGCUCCCCUGGCCAAGAAUACAACCGCAUUCAGCAUCCUCUAUGCUAUCUUCGGAGAAAGGGACAUGCACAGACUCAACGUGGAGCCGGGCAAGACCAAGAUCACAAUCAACGAUCUGAUGCCGCAGACCAAAUACAUAGUCUGUGUCUGUGUGAAAGGGCUGAUUCCCAGGAAAGAGCAGUGCAUCAUAUUUUCCACAGACGAAGUUGCCAGUGCUGGUGGAACGCAGAAACUGAUCAACGUGGUGGUCAUCAGCGUGGCCUGUGUCAUUGCCGUCCCUCUGACGUUAGUGGUCUGCUGUGGAGCCCUGAAAAGGCGGUGUAAAAAAUGUUUCAUACGGAAACCCAAGGAAAUCCAGGACUCUUACGUCACCUUCGAAAGCCUGUCUCCAGGGGCCAAAGCAAAAGGGAUCGAAGGGGGGUAUUUGACUAGACACACGCCUGAUGAAUCUAACAGGUUGCUCUCUGCAAGGUCCAGUGUGGACUCCGAAGCAGUACCAAAGACAGAAGGGCAGCCAAAUGAAUACUUCUGCUGA